AUGGGACCAAAAAGACCGCAGGGGUUUGGCAAGAAGGCCAAAGCCAAGAAACAGAAAGUAGACGAGGUUGUUGAGGAGGUGCCUGUGACGAACGAGCUGACGGUCGAGUUGCCGGCCGAGGUGGACUCGAACGAUCCGGUGACACAGCUGGAAGGAUUAUGGUUGACCUGGCUCAAGUCGGACAAAGAUAACGAGUUGAUCCUCAACGGGAUAGUGCACGAGUGCGACCGGUUAUUGCGUAAUUGCAAGCAGAACGGCGGAAACGAGGACAUUGAGCUUGGGGCGUCGUUCUAUGCGAUUUAUGGUCUUUCUCUUGCUGGACUCGCGCAGUUCAACACGGAAGAGAGCGAGACGGGCGUGAAGGAGUACUUUGAGAACGCUAUUGAACGGAUCGAGAACGGCAUGGACAAGUUCCCCGGCGAAGAAGGUCUGAUUCUUGCCAAGAGUCAGAUCAUUCUGGAUCGGAUUCCUUUGGAGUACAUUUCGCAGAUGGACCAGGACUCACAUAGCAAGGAUUUUCCUGACGUUGGCGAGCUGCUCGAGGAGGCCACGAGGCUGCUUGAGGUUGGAAUCAAGAACGCAGAGACAAAGGAGAACUACGCUAUUUUCAACGGGAGCACGAUAUUGAGUGUUUUGGACUCAUUUGACGAUCUGCUGGAUAUCAUUGCAAAUUUCGGACGCGAUUACAACGAGGGGCUCGACAGCGAUGCCGAGGAGUCUGAUGAGGAGGACAAUGAUGGCCAGAACGAACUUUCUACUACACAUCCUCUUUUCAAAGUGCAGAACAACGACCAGUAUCAAAUGAACUUGCGGGACACAAUUGCCAAGAGUCUGGAGCUGGCCCGGAAAAAUGAACAGCCGGACGAGUCUGUGCAGCGGCGGUACCGCAAGAAGCUCGGAGAGUUGCUUUUGCUGGAGGCAGAAGAGCCGAUUUCGAUCUACACAGCCUUGGAAUUUGGGUCCGAUGAGGAGGAGAGUGGGGUUGGCGAGGAGCAGGCCAAAAAGAGCAAGAAGGCCCAGAAGAAGGCGCAGAAGCUGGUGGGACAGGCGAUCGAGCACCUGACGGCGGCGUGGGACGAGGAGGAGCCGCAAUCGUGGGUGGAUCUGGCGGAGGCAGAGAUCUCGAUGGGGAACCUGUUUGCGGAGGAGGGUGAGCAGGAAAAGUGGUAUGGACUUGCGGAGAAGAAGCUGGUGCGGGCAAACAACGCAUCGCACGGCAAAUACGAGGAGGUGCUGUCGAACCUGAGAGGAACUAAAUAA